AAACGUAUCAGUGUUGCACAUUUGUAUUUAUUUUCACAGGUGUAAAUAUUAAGAUCUAUAUCUGAAUUUGUAUCUCGCAACACUGCCUUAGCAUGGAUGUAAUUGAAAAGUUCUCAGGAAGAUUUUGUAAAGAGCUCUUGCCUGCUGCCAAGUGGUAUCUUGAGCUUGCGUAUGUUAUUUCUAUGGUUUCACUCGCUGUAAAGUCAGCAGAUAAAGCCUGGCACAAGAAGAACCUUUUCUACUCCUAUUUGAAAGCAGUUCUGUUUGUCAGGGGGGCGGAUAUCAUCUUAGCUAUCUGUAAUGGGGAUUCCCCAAUGCAGCAUAUCGCCUGCAAUUGCACUCUGUUAACAACAGCUGUUAUUUGGUGGUUGAUUCUGUUUGUUCCCUUUGAUAUUUUCAACAAGAUCUUGAACAUUGAGGUUGGGGACGUUAAGCCAUUGCUUCUUAUACUGGAGCUGAUGACAGCAUUGAGAAAUGUGGUGGCAGUUGAUGCAGCUAUCACAGCCUCACUGAAGAAUUACCCCGGCUCCUAUGUAGCGAUCCUGGCUGGUACAUUAGCCGGCAAUGGUGGGCUUGUGGUGGCCAGUGUGUUUGGUGACUUCAGCAAACAGAUCAGCUCCCCUGAGACAACAAGAUUUGCUUUCCUUGCUGCUUGUUCUAUUGGUUUGACAAAGAUUCUCUGCCCCAAAGUUGUUUCAGCUUGUGUUAUGAUGGCUGGCUGCUCUUGCUUCAUUCUAUGUCUUAAGUUUCUUCAGUUUUUUGACCACCAAGUUGAGAUCUUUGAUCCUAUCUAUGAGAUCAUAAAGAAGAUUGUUGUGACAUGUGACUGGGUGAAGGACAAAUAUGAUUAAUUAUGACAUCAUUAUAAAAAAAUGACAAUUUGAACAGCUCAAAGAAAUUAUUCAAAUUUUUUUAAAAUUGUAUAAAGUGUUAAAAACCAAAUUAUUUUUUCAAAAUUGUGUUUGCACAAAACAGCAUAUACACAUAAAUUAGCGCUUGUUUAUAAAUUGGUGAUAUUAAUUAGGUACGAUUAGUGUCUUAGUUUUCCAUACGGAACCUAAAGAAUGUAUUUCUUAUGUACAGUGUGUAAUCAGUGCCUAAUAUUUUUUCUUCUGAUUGAGUUAUAAAAUAUGUUCCUAUUUUAAUCAAUGUCAAAUAAUUUCUAGUUUUGAAAUAAUUUUACCGAAUUUUUAAUCUUUUUGUUUGGCACUUGGCACUUUUAAUAGCAUUAGUUUAGCUUAUAAUCAUGUAGUGGUUUUGUACAUAUAUGUAUGCUCUGUGUAGAUACUUGCAUGUGAAUUCAUUAUACCCACUGUAUAAUAAAAUGCACAUA